AUCAGAUUGAAAUCCAAAUCAGACUGAUAAUGGCACGUUAAGCGCUACUUCGUGGAAACUUCCUUCUUUCCUGAAGCCGGUCCCUCAAACACAUAUCUUCCAAAUUACCUAUCACUUUCACAACAAGCAAAUGAUCUAAACAUAAUUCUAAAACUUUUCUUUUUUCACCUGCAAAGAUUUUGCGUAUUUGCUCGUUUAUUUUGUUAUUAUUGUAAUCUUUUUGUUCUUUUUUUCUCAUAUUUUGCCUUUGGGUCUUGUUUAUGCAAUGUAAAUCACAGUCUCUGAGUAUUUGAAGAUGUUGAUUAGCGAUAAUACGCUGCCCCUGAUGAGCAGAUUCUCUUGUUAGUUUCUAUUUUUUUGCAUCAGUUGGAAAAAGGAGGAUUCUUUGUUUGCUCACCAAUGAUGGGAUCUAUGGAAGAGAAAUUAGACAUUGAAUCUGAUGAGGAGAUACUGUUUAGUGGGCCCCAGUCAACGAACAAAGUGCACCCGUUAAAUUUCGAAUCAUCUAACAUCUUGUUGAAUCGAAAAUUUUCGGCUUCUUGGGUAUUAAGAAAAGUGCACCGUAACAGCAUAUUGAGAAGUAUAUACAUUGUCCUUAUCAAAGCCAAGAUUAAUGUUCUGCUGCCGUUUGGACCACUCGCAAUUAUGCUACACUAUCUUACUGAACUUCACGGCUGGGUGUUUUUCUUUAGCCUACUUGGAAUUACUCCAUUAGCCGAGCGAUUGGGUUAUGCUACUGAGCAACUAGCAUGUUAUACGGGCCCAAUUGUUGGUGGCCUUCUUAAUGCGACAUUUGGCAAUGCUACCGAGAUGAUAAUUUCAAUGUAUGCACUGAAAAAUGGGAUGAUUAGAGUUGUUAAGCAGUCUUUGCUCGGGUCCAUCUUGUCUAAUAUGCUUUUGGUGCUCGGAUGUGCCUUUUUCUGUGGCGGGAUAGUUCAUCAUCACAAAGUUCAAAUUUUCAAUAAGGCCACUGCCCUAGUGAAUUCAGGACUGUUAUUGAUGGCUGUUAUGGGAAUUUUAUUUCCAGCUGUGCUUCACUUUACUCACACGGAGUUGCAUAAAGGAAAAUCGGAGAUUGCUCUUUCACGAGUUAGUAGCUGCAUAAUGCUGAUUGCUUAUGCUAGCUACCUAUACUUUCAGCUCAAGAGUCAACAAAAUCUAUAUUCUUCUCUCGAUGAGUCGAAUGAUAAUAAUGAUGAAAGUUCGGAUGAAGAUGAAGUUCCUGAGAUUACACACUGGGAAGCAAUUGCGUGGCUUUUGAUUUUGACUUUGUGGAUAUCUAUUCUAUCUGGAUAUCUCGUUGAUGCAAUUCAGGGGGCUUCAGAUUCAAUGAACCUUCCCAUUGCUUUUAUAAGUGUUAUUUUGCUUCCGAUUGUGGGUAAUGCUGCAGAACACGCCAGUGCUAUCAUGUUUGCAAUGAAGGAUAAGCUUGAUAUUUCACUUGGAGUUGCAAUUGGAUCAUCUACUCAGAUAUCAAUGUUUGUGAUCCCGUUUUGUGUAAUUGUUGGUUGGUUCAUGGGAAAGCCUAUGGAUUUGAACUUUCAACUCUUUGAAACCGCGACUCUCUUUAUCACCGUAUUAGUCGUGGCAUUUAUGCUUCAGUUCAACCUGAGCCUCUCGUCUUCUUCUUCUUCUUCUUCAACUCCUCUCCCGUGGGCCCCACCGCUCGACUGCUGUGAAUGGGAUGGGAUCGUCUGCAACGACUCCGGCAGAGUAACCGGCCUAUGGCUUCCCUCGAGAGGCCUUUCAGGUAAAAUAUCCCCUUCAAUUACCAACCUCACGGGCCUCACCCAGCUCAGCCUAUCCAAUAACGGGCUUUCGGGCCCACUUCCGGCCCAAUUCUUCCACCUCCUAAACCAACUGCAAGUCAUCGACCUGAGCUGUAACCGUUUAAACGGCGUGAUAACUGCAUUUGGCGAACUUCCCGCCACUCUAAGGAUACUCAAUUUAUCGAGCAAUCACUUUUCCGGCAAAGUUGAGCCGUGGUUUUUCGAGAAGGCGGUAAAUUUGGAAUCGCUCGACUUCAGCAACAACAGUUUUGCCGGGGGGAUACCUUCGUUCGUCUGCGGGUUUUCGCGGUGGAUCAAAAAUCUCGAUUUUUCCAUUAACGAGUUCACGGGCUUUAUAGGCCCAGAAUUCGGCCGGUGUGUGAAUUUAUCGAGCCUUAGGGCCGGUUUCAAUAAUUUAUCCGGCGAGGUCUCGCCGGAUAUUUACCGGCUGUCUUCGCUCGAUGAGCUUUACUUACCUGGAAACAGGCUGGCGGGGCAAAUCGACCCGCGGGUCGUAAAUCUUGUUAACCUUAAAACACUUUCCCUUUUCGGCAACGAGCUGGCGGGCCCGAUACCUGAAGAAAUCGGGCGACUUUACAAAUUGGAGAAGCUGCAACUUCACAUAAACCAAUUGAACGGAACUAUUCCCGCCUCGCUGGCCAACUGCACGAACCUGACAGUUCUGAACCUGAGGGUGAAUCUUUUAGAAGGGGAGCUUGAUUUCUUUAAUUUCUCGAGACUCGUGCGUCUAAAAUCGGUCGAUCUCGGGAAUAAUUUCUUCCGGGGAGGUCUGCCGAGGACUCUCUUCACAAUCAAGACGCUGAUGGCCGUCCGUUUAGAUACUAACAAACUGUCGGGCGAGAUUUUGCCUGAAAUAGGCUCUCUGCAGUUCCUCUCCUUCCUCUCCAUAUCAAACAACAGCUUAACUAACGUAACAAAUGCCAUUCGGAUCCUCACGCGCUGCAAGAGGCUGAGCACGUUAAUCCUAUCCAAAAAUUUCUACAACGAGUUGUUACCUGUUGAGGAGAGAAUGAACGGGUUUGAGAAUAUUAAGGUAUUGGCUUUUGGCGGAUGCAACUUCUCAGGCCCGCUUCCGAUUUGGAUACGCCAGCUGGAAAAUCUCGAGGUUAUUGAUCUUUCGUAUAAUUUGCUCACUGGACCUGUUCCGGGCUGGUUUGGGGGCUUGCCGAAUUUGUUCUACUUGGAUUUGUCGUAUAAUCUUCUCACAGGGUAUUUUCCGCUCGAGCUUAUUCAGAUGCGAAGAUUGUCGUACGUGCAGAAUUUGGAUGAAGUUGGGAGCACGACUCUGGAGCUGCCUGUGUUUGUGAAGCCCGAUAAUGCCUCGAAUCAGCAGUAUAAUCAGCUCUCGCAUUUACCUCCGACAAUAUAUCUCAACAACAACGGCAUAACUGGAAAUAUACCUGUUGAGAUUGGUCGGCUCAAGUUCAUAAUGGAUUUGGAUCUUAGUCACAACAAUUUCACUGGCAGUAUUCCAGACACAAUAUCGAAUCUCACCAAUUUAGAGAAAUUGGAUCUUUCCGGAAAUAACCUCACCGGCCAAAUCCCGGCAUCACUAAAGAAUCUCCAUUUUCUUUCCUUCUUCAGUGUCGCACACAAUGACCUUGAAGGCCAAGUACCUAUUGGUGGUCAGUUUGACACUUUCUCGGUUUUCAGCUUCGAAGGAAAUCCGAGGCUUUGUGGUCGGAUUGUGCAGCGCCCGUGCACCGAUAAUAAUGAGUCAGGCAAUAAUUCAAGAACCGAGAAAGAGAACAGAAAGAGAAUCAUCAAAUUAACACUUGCUAUAUCCUCAGUCGUCUUCACACUGAUCCUUCUUCUGUACGUGUUUCUGUACAAGAGGAAAGUCAUGCGGAGAGAUGAAAUCGAGAAGGACAUGGACGUAAUUUCCUUCAACUCGUCGGGGGUAUUUCCAGAAAUCCCAAAAGAAACCAGCCUCGUCGUGCUUUUCCCAAACAACAAGAGCAAGAUACAGGAACAGGACCUCUGCCUCUCGGUGGCCGACAUACUGAAGGCCACCGACAAUUUCAACCAGUCGAACAUAAUCGGGUGCGGUGGGUUCGGUUUGGUUUUCAAAGCAACUUUACCCGACGGCACGAAUCUCGCCAUCAAGAAACUCUCAGGAGACAUGGGUUUAAUGGAGAGGGAAUUCAAGGCCGAGGUCGAGGCCCUGUCGACAGCUCAGCACAAAAACCUCGUCACUCUACAAGGCUACUGCCUUCACGACGGGUACAGAUUGCUUAUAUACUCUUACAUGGAGAACGGGAGCUUGGACUACUGGCUGCACGAGAAGCCCGACGGGCCGGCCCAGCUAGACUGGCCGGUCCGUUUGAAAAUUGCUCGGGGGGCGAGCUGUGGGGUGGCUUACAUGCACCAAACAUGCGACCCACACAUAGUUCACCGUGACCUCAAGUCGAGCAACAUUCUUCUCGAUCGAAAUUUCGAGGCCCACGUGGCGGAUUUCGGGCUUGCGAGGUUGAUUUUACCUUACCAUACACAUGUCACCACGGAAUUGGUCGGGACUCUAGGGUACAUCCCGCCUGAGUACAGCCAGUCGUGGAUAGCUACCUUAAGAGGGGAUAUGUACAGUUUUGGAGUUGUUAUGCUCGAGUUGCUGACGGGGAAGAGGCCAGUCGAGCUUUUCAGGCCCAAGGCCUCGAGGGAAUUGGUCGUGUGGGUUCAGCAGAUGAAAAACGAGGGGAGACAGGUGGAGAUUUUUGAUCCUAUGUUGAGGGGAAAAGGGUUUGAAGAUGAGAUGGUGCAAGUGCUAGACAUUGCUAUACAAUGUGUCAACCAGAACCCUUACAAGAGGCCGACUAUAAAAGAAGUUGUCGAGCAGCUCGAGAGUGUUGGGCCCAACAGGCAGACGAUGUAA